AUGAAUUACUCUCGGUUCAUCACCACUGUGAGUGCAGCAAGAAAAGCAUCUCCGAUAAGACUUCUGAGUGAGUCUUUUCCUUUUACUCUAGCUGAAUUGAUGCAGAAGUCUCCUCCGUCCCUCAUAUCGCUGGCUGGAGGGGCACCAAACCCUAACGUUUUUCCAUUUAAGAGGGCGACUGUUGCCAUUGGACAUGGAACUGCUGUUGAGAUCGGGGAAGAUCUGAUGAGGAGAGCUCUCCAGUACUCCGCCUCAGCAGGGAUUCCAGAGCUGUUGUCUUGGCUAAAGGAUUUCCAGCGGAAUCUACAUAAUCCCCCCACAGCCAGCUACAGUCCUGAGCAAGGACAAAUGGAAGUGUGUGUCACAACCGGCAGCCAGGAAGGCUUGUGUAAAGUGUUCGAAAUGCUCAUUAAUCCUGGGGACAACAUCCUUUUGGAUGCACCCACAUACUCUGGGACACUAGCAGCUCUGAGACCCUUGGGUUGUAACAUAAUUAAUGUUCCUAGUGACCAACAUGGCAUUAUUCCAAAAGCUCUAAAAGAAAUUCUGUCUGCUUGGAGCCCAGAAGAUGUAAAAAAUCGUAGCCGCCACCUCCCCAAAUUCCUGUACACUAUUCCAAAUGGGUGCAACCCAACUGGAAACUCUCUGACCACAGAGCGCAAGAAGGAGAUUUACCAGCUUGCAAGAAAAUAUGAUUUCCUCAUAAUAGAAGAUGAUCCUUACUACUUUCUUCAGUUUGAAAAGCCAUGGGCUCCAACUUUCCUCUCAAUGGAUGUGGAUGGCCGAGUUAUCAGGACUGACUCUUUCUCCAAAAUUCUCUCAUCGGGGUUAAGAAUAGGUUUUCUGACAGGUCCCAAGCCGCUCAUUGACAGAGUUAUUCUACACAUUCAGGUUUCAACAAUGCACACCAGCACUUUCACACAGAUUAUGAUAUCACAGCUGCUUCAGCAAUGGGGAGAAAAAGGUUUCUUGGAGCAUAUAGACAGAGUGGUGAAGUUCUACAGGACCCAGCGGGAUGCAAUGCUCGUUGCUGCUGACAGGUGGUUAAAAGACCUGGCAGAAUGGUACCCUCCUGCUGCUGGCAUGUUCCUAUGGAUCAAAAUUAAGGGUAUUUCUGACACACAGCAGCUGAUCAUGGAAAAAGCUUUGCAGAAAGAAGUGUUACUGGUUCCUGGAGGAGCAUUCAAUAUCGAUAGUUCAGAGCCUAGUUCUUACGUCAGAGCCUCCUUCUCUCUGUCUUCUCCGGCCCAGAUGGAUCUGGCCUUCAAGAGACUGGCUGGCCUUAUAAGAGAAGCUUUGUGA